AUGAAAACACCUUAUGGAUACUGUGACUUACGCGUCGAGAGAGUGAACGACGACAUUAUCGAUGCAUACAUUAAACAUGGGUAUGCUUUGAUUGCUGUAAACACUACAGUGAAUUGUUUAUUACUAGGCAAUGGAAGUUCAAACAAAAAAAAAAGAAAAUUUGCAGAAUGUAAUGAUGAAACUGUUGAAGAAAAAGACUGGGUGCCUACACCCAAGUUAAUUAAUGAUAAUGACUCCAAAUUGACCAUUCUGAAUCGAUUAACAAUUCAAAUAACAAAUAUUGGACAACUACAAAAAAUUAUGAGUUCUCCAAAUUUCAAAUUGUAUAAUAUUCUAGCAGUAGAACCAUUAAAUGAUAAAGUUUUUCAGGACAUAGUCACUUCACCAUCAGUAGAUAUAAUAACUUGUAACAUGAAAACAUCUAUAACUCCAAAGGACUACACAAUCGCAGUUGAAAAAAACAUUUAUUUUGAAAUAUCCUAUUGUCCAAUGUUAUUUAGUUCUAGUACACGUCAAGAUACUUUUACUUUAGCUCAUCUACUUUAUAUUAAAGGAAAAUCAAAAAACUUAAUAAUUACAAGUGGGGCAGCUAAUAAACUAGACAUACGCAAUCCUCAUGACGUGAUGAAUUUAGGUAUUUUACUAGGUCUUUCAAGAAAACAAUCAACCAAAUCAGUCACUCAAGGAUGUUAUUCAAUUAUUUUAAGGAGCUAUGGGCGGAAAUUAGGAAAGUCUGCAAUACAUUUGAAACCAAUGAACAGCUCUUAA